UUAGUGCGGAAGUGCCUUGGUGUUGGUCAACGGAACUGUGUUUGUAGCAAUGUAGCAAGAGCUAUUGUGCGUUUUAACAUGAACAAAAAAAACUAACACAUGUUCUUGUAGUAUGCCUUGGAGCUAUUUAAAGGGUGUGACGUCAUCGUUUCCCCCCGUUUGUUUUAAAAAUCCGUUGUAGUCCAACGCCAGUUAGCAGGGAAGCGUUAGCUAACAUAAGCUAUGGUUUGUUGUUGACAGUCGGUUCCAGAUAGUCUGUCAACCUACGACCGAAGGAAACAGUCUGAAUACGAUUGAAGGGUAUCCAAUAAAAAACAUUUUUUUGUCAUGUAUGGCUGCAUACCAUAUUUUAAGAUUGUCUCACCUAUUGAAGAAAGGACUGCCUAAGAAAAAAAUCUGGACAAACCCAAAUAACACCUCGAUCGUGGUGUCAGCUCAAGUUGUAUUAAUGACUGCGCUGACAGACUUUGAACCUUUAGCAAAGCGGCUGAGGGUUGAAAUCAGUGCCCCAACGUCCCCUUCAUCUUCUCUCACAGCCCCAUCUUCAUGUAUUCAGAGCAGAGAUGACACAUUAGAUCAAGAAAGGAGGCAAAACAACACUGAGACGAAGAUGGAUAUACGACCAAAGACUGGAGCAGAUAGUUUGCGAGGUGUAAAGACAAAAGGUGACCGUCAAAGAAUCAGCCCCAAACCACAACAGAAGGUCAGAAAUACUCUUUUACAAUGGUUGGGUAAACUCCAAAAAACCCCAAGUACACAUGAAGCGUGCCAAAUCCAAGAGGAUGUAGAGAUGGCCGGCGACUGUGGUUUUCAAAGCACUUCAGCUCAGGUUCUGGACUGUCAAAAGUCUGAAAAUCCCACCUCGUCUGACGAAGACAAAGAAACCCAACCUUUGACACCUCAAGAGCUGUAUGAAGACACACCUGUAUCACCACCUUCCAAUGAGUCUGCAGGAGGUGGGCUAAUGCAGACACUGUCCCACAAUUAUGGUGGAUUAGAGAAAAAAGAAGUGGAGACAUGCUCAGAAAGCUCUGUCAAACACAAUACCAGAAUAACAGACUUCUUUUCAGGGACGUCAUCAACAGGUUUACCUGUGAGAAGGGGCAGGCCAGACAAGACUCCAGAGAAACAAGAUGCAGACAAGGAAACUACCUCUGCUGUUGUCAAACCUAAGGUCAAAUGGCUGGGGACGCCAAUCAACGACCUAAAGAGAAUGCCUGAAUGUGGAGGACUGCUUCCUCCACUAAGGAAUGUUCCUGGCCAGCACACUGUGAUGAUACAGACAGACCUUCUUGAGAGUGGUAACGUUUCUGUUGCAUAUCCUGCUAAGUUUAAGGAUACUUGGGAUGAUGUCCAUGUCAAGAUGCCCUGUUCCAGUUGGAACCUAUUUCCUGUACAGGAUGAGGUAACACAAGAACUUCAGAAUAAGAGUCGGUGGGAGUUGAUCGAGGAGAAUUUAAACAACACAUUUUCAAGUCAACACGAGUUGAAGAAUGCAAUAUUGAAAUACAGUAACUCACAGGCCAAGAAAUGGGACUUCACCGCAUUACGUUUGUAUUGCACCAAGGUCCUGGAUCCUGAUGAUGCUGAACAUCUGUUUGGCUCCCUGCUGCCAGACAUGGUGCAAUUAGCACUGCGAGCAUCUGAGCUCUGUACCAAGCCGAUACCCCUCCUCAAGAGAGGCAUGAACCACUCCAUCACCAUGUCUCAGGAGCAGGUGGCAUGUCUGCUCGCCAACGCCUUCUUCUGCACCUUCCCCCGACGAAACUCCAGAAGGAAUGAAUACGGCAACUACCCAGACAUCAACUUCUUCAGGCUGUUUGAGGGGUCCUCUCCAAAGAAGAUUGAGAAACUGAAAACCCUGAUGUGCUAUUUCAAAAGUGUCACCGAACAAAAGCCUAGUGGACUUGUAACUUUCACACGAAAAAGCUUGGAUAAACCUCUGAAUUGGAAAAGCUCACAAACCCGACUUACAAAGCUCCACAUCACUUGUGAAGGGACCAUUGAGGAUGAUGGGUAUGGAAUGCUUCAGGUGGAUUUUGCCAAUAAGUUUGUGGGAGGAGGAGUCACCAGUUCGGGUCUAGUUCAAGAGGAAAUCCGUUUUCUAAUCAAUCCUGAGCUCAUUGUUUCUCGCCUCUUCACUGAAGCCCUGGAUCAUAAUGAAUGUGUGAUCAUCACAGGUACACAGCAGUACAGUACAUACACAGGCUACGCUCAGACCUACCAGUGGGAUGGCAGCCACCAGGACACAACUCCAAGAGAUGGCUGGCAGAGAAGAUGCACUGAGAUUGUGGCCAUCGAUGCGCUCCAGUUCAAGAACUUUCUUGAACAGUUUAAACCAGAGAAAUUAAACCGGGAACUAAACAAGGCCUACUGUGGCUUUGCUCGAUCCGAACAACGAAGCCAACACCUUGCGGCAGUGGCGACAGGGAACUGGGGCUGUGGGGUUUUCGGAGGUGACGCGCGUCUGAAAGCUUUGCUCCAGAUGCUGGCAGCUGCUGAGGCGGGCCGAGACGUGGCCUAUUUCACCUUUGGUGACAGCCAGCUCAUGACAGAUGUCCACGAGAUGCACUCUUUCCUAACUGAGAGCGAGAUUGGUGUCGGGGAGGUGUAUGAUCUCCUGAGGCAGUACAACAGCUCAGUGUGCAGGAGCUGCCUCAGUCGGCGCCCUGACGUCAGCCUCUACUCGUUCAUCUACCAACAGGUCAGCUCCUCCCUAGCGCCAGAUGACUCCGACGGGGGCUCGGCCAGACAUCACGUCCCUGCAGACUGCCGUUAAAGUCAGGUGGCUGAUGAGUCACCGUGCCUUAUUUUUUAUUUAUUUAUUUCAUCCAAAAAAUGAUUUAAAAACUUUCUCCCGCUGCCCUUUUUUCUUUUUCUUUCUUUUAUUAAGAAAAACUUGUUUAACAGUGGUGGAUAAACCAAAUGUGAUCUCCACCACUGGCAGCCAAAAAUGACAAUCUAGCAUGGAGAUCCUUUUCAAAAACAAUGGAACUGCAGAGGGUGAUUAGUUACAACCCCGCCUGGCGCCGUGUUCAUUUUGCUGCUGCUGGUAGUGCGCCAAUGGAUCGAGCUUCAAUACGACGCAAUUGUGAAUUUAAUGGUGAAGCAAAGGUUGCCAUCCAUCUUCUGAGUUUGUCGCGUUGCCUUUUUUUUUUUUUUUUACACCCACACAUAUUCAGCUUAAUUGAAUUGGCUGUCAGAAAUCAAGUUAAAGGAAAAGAAUAACAAGAAUUGGGUUUGGAAAGCUUGGCUUGAUUUUUUUAGGUUCUUUUUAAGAGCAGCGUGAUUCUUCUUCUAUUCAUUCACAGCUAAAUUCUAGUUGCAAUCACAGGUCCAGUCAUAAACUUUUUCAGAUUCUUUGCUGUAUGUGAUGCACUCUAAAGGAACCCAGUUGCACUUAAAUUAUGUAUUUGAUUGGUUUGUUUCUGUAUUUAACUACUAAUUUCAAUGAUUAUUUGUUAUUUUACAGCUUUUUUUUUUUUUUAAAUGGCCGGAAUAAAAUCAGUUUAAAGUAAAUGCAAUUUUCAAAUUUUUUAUAUUGCCUACAUUUUAUUCUGAAGAGAGCCACAAAUGUCAGUCAUAUGGACAAUCAGGAUGAUGGCCUCUUGUCCCACGGAUGUUACAAGCACAAUGAGUUUUGAUUCAGCCUUGCCAUUUAUCUUUCCCCAGCUAUUGCUUUUCUCUUUCACUCACAGUUUAAUAAGGUCAUAGCUUUUAUAUAAACUGACCAUGACACCUCAUUAAGUAAAGAGUAGAUCAUAGAACAUCCAGUCAGAGGCGUGAGUCAGGCAGUGGGGCUCCUGGGUAAUUUCUCUCUGUGUCGGAUGAAACGCUUACUCAUUUGCAUCAAGGAGAAGCUGCUCGACGCAAAUCUUUAGAGGAAGACGUUUGGCACUUUCCAUUCCGGUUUGAUUUUGUAGGAGUUGUAGAAAUAAACACAAUUUUACAGGGUUCACAAUAAUAAAAAGUUGAUAUGUACAUUAACACCCUGUUUGAUAUGGAGUAAAUGCUUCUUAAAGUUAGUUGACUAUAGACACAAAAUGUAUUUCAGUGAUUGUACAUGCCUGGUAAUCUGUUAUCUGUCUAUUUACUGAUUACCCAGUGAACGGGAGUUUAGUGACUUCAUAUUUUUAGUUGAACGUUAAAUCAGUUUUAUCCCCAGAGUGUGUACGUCACUGAAUGGACUCCUGGAAGUGAAUGAACGAGUUGGAGGCAUCUCUGGGUUUCGUGCCGUCUGCUCUCAUUGAAUCAGGACUUGGGGUAGGUGGGUCUCUCUUUGUGGCUUGCUGAGUUCAAAAAAUGGCUUUGGUGGCGUCUCUCCUAAGGGGAUCCAUCAUAGACCCACAGGGGUGCCCAACUGAAUUGAUCCCCCAGCAGUGAGCCCCAUGCGUGUCUUUGACCUUUUGGCUACCAUCUGUCACGAACAGUGUUUAGUCUUAAACAUGACCCGUGGCUGUGCUGCCGUUUGGGCUGGAAACGUUAGAUAAAUGAUGCAGUCUGUAUAUGAGACUUUGAACUUUAUAAGCUCAACGCCAAGUGGUGAUUGCAAAGAAAUUAUCACAAGUUUACUUCUUUAUUUUCUGUCUUUUUGAUGAUUUUAUUAUAAUCUAUCCACCUUUUUU